AUGCUCAUGCGCAUUUCUGUUAUAGCUGUGGCUUCGGCCGGGCUUGUCGUGGCGCAAGCUUCUUCAGAUGAUAGUACUCACCACACCCUUGCCUCUUUCGCCUUUAUUCGAACUGGAGAGCGGACGCCCAUUCUACGAAAUAAUACCCAGGUCCUGACGGCGCUAGGCGCCCAACAAAUGUACACGCUCGGAGAAAAUUUCAGAACAAGAUAUAUUGCUGGCGACUCACCAAACAAGCUUGGUGUAGAGCAUGUUGCAGGGAUGUCAGUCGAUGUCAUAGACAAUGACCAAAUAAGGGUUCAAACGUUGGAAAAAUCAUACCUCGUCUCUUCUGCACAAGCGUUUAUGCAGGGUCUAUAUCCUCCGAACAGCAAUUCCAACGGAACCGGACAAGUCACUAGCCGCCUUGCAGAUGGCACCCAGGUUGAUUACCCGCUCAACGGAUACCAGUAUGUUGGCAUCCAAGCUGCUGCGCUGGAAGACCCAGAUUCAAGAUUCGUUUCUGGAUCGCAAAACUGUCCUCUUGCGCAAGUAGCUGCAUUGAAGUUUUUCGAAACAGAGAAGUUUAAGGAAACGGAGGCGGCGAAUGCCGAUUUGUUCAAGAAAUUGAACAUCGACUGGCUGGAGGGCACACUUCCUGAGGCAUAUUUUAAUGCCCGCUCGGCUCUUGAGAUAUCCGACUACAUACGCUACCAAUACUCGCACAAUUCUAGCGUCUACAAGGCCCUCUCAGCAAACGACUCUGACUAUACAGGUGCUUAUGACCGACUCGGCUCCCUUGCCGACGAAGUUGCCUGGCACCUCUACGGUAACGCAUCCAACCUAUCAACCGACGCAAACUACCAAGCCAUCGGAGGCAAGACACUCGCUAGCUCCAUCCUCAACUCUUUCCAACUUCAAAUCGCCGACCGAGCCAGCCCAAGUAACUCGACCUCUCCAUCCCCGCGCCUAACAUUUUACUUUGGCGAAGAAGACGCAAUGAUAGGCCUCAUCUCCCUCCUGAACCUCGACUCCAGAUCCCCAAACUUCAAAUCCAUCCCUUCCUACGCCUCCUCCCUCAUCUUCGAACUCUUCAGCACAACCACCGACCAAAACCCCAGCCCAGACACCCUCUUCGUCCGCUUCUCCUUCCACAACGCCACCGCAGACGCCGAGCAACUCGUCACCUACCCUUUAUUCAACAACAGCGCCUCCAACACAGCCAUGUCCUGGCCCGACUUCUCGCGCCAAUUCAGCGCCAUGGCCGUAUCCGGCAUCGCAGACUGGUGCCGCACCUGCAACAGCGGCAGUCUCUUCUGCUGGGGCGCCGAAGCAAAAAAGAGUCUGGACGAUAUACCUUCGUCCUCUCCUUCCUCCAUCCGCGAACUCAAAUCCCGGCUUUCCCCCGUCGUAGGCGGCAUCAUUGGCGCGGUCGUCACGCUCGUUGUUGCUGCGAUUGUCUUCGCAAUUAUCAUGGUGGUCGGGGGUGUGAGGGUGCAUCGGCCGCGACGCAGCAGCGUCGAUGGUAAUGGUGAUGGUGCUGGUAAAGGGAGGGGAUUGGGAGGGUUCAAGGGUGUGGCGAAACUUGCGUCCGAUGCCGAUUUGAGACUUACGAGUGAGGGUGCCGCGGGUGCGAAAAAGGGGCAUGAGAGGAUUGGGAGUUGGGAGUUGAAGCAGAAAGAUUCUGGGGCGGUGGAGGAGGAGGAGAGUCGGAAGAGUAGUUUUGAGAGGAUUGAUGGGGUUGUUGCGGGGAGUAGGGUGGAGCCGGUUCAGAGGCUUUGA